AUGCACGCGGGGCUCCUGGGGCUCUCCGCCCUGCUGCAGGCGGCGGAGCAGAGCGCGCGCCUCUGUACUGUGGUUUACUACUUCACCACAGGACAGCUUCUCUGGGGAUGGCUGGCGUUUUCUGUCCUCCUGCCUGGCUUCCUGGUCCAGGGCCUGAGCUAUCUGUGGUUCCGAGAAGAUGGGCAUCUGGGACGUAGCCUGUUGGUGAUGCUGCACCUCCUGCAGCUGGGCGUCUGGAAGCGGCACUGGGACACUACAUCAAUUGCUCUGUCAAAGGCAGAGGAGGCUCCCCACUGGGGACAGCUGUGGCUGCAGGAGGCUGACCUGUCAGCGCUCCGGCUCCUGGAGGCCCUGCUGCAGACGGGGCCCCACCUGCUGCUCCAGACAUAUGUUUUUCUAGCCUCAGACUUCACAGAUGUUGUGCCAGGAGUCAGCGCCCUGCUCUCCUGGUCCUCACUGUCCUGGGCCCUGGUGUCCUACACCCACUUCCUGGGUGUCCUGAAGCCAGGCCACCGCGUCAUGCCAUGGGCUGCCCUCUUCUGCCAGCAGCUCUGGCGGAUGGGCAUGCUGGGGACCCGCGUCCUGAGUCUGGCUCUGUUCUGCAGAGCUUACCGCGUUUGGGUCCUGGUGGUUGGAGGUGCCCACUGGCUGGUGAUGACGUUCUGGCUCGUAGCCCAGCAGAGUGACAUCAUCGACAGCACCUGCCACUGGCGACUCUUCAACCUGCUGGCGGGGGCCGUGUACAUCCUCUGCUACCUCGACUUCUGGGACAGCCCUUCCAGAAGGAGGAUGGCCACCUUCUACUCGGUAAUGCUGCUGGAAGACAUCAUUCUUUUGGUGCUGGCCACUGACUUCCUCCAGGGGGCCUCAUGGAGCAGCCUGUGGACCAUAGCUGGGGUCUUGUCUGGAUUUCUGAUAGGCAGUGUGUCGCUGGUUAUUUAUUACAGCCUGCUACACCCCAAAUCCACAGACAUCUGGCCAGGCUUCGUGAGGACGUGCCGAGGCCCUGCUGGCAGGGACAGCGCAGAGCAGGAGGCCCCACCCCAGACCACGGCUCCAGCAGCCGGAAGGCCUGAGAGCGCAGAGUCCUGCCACAGAGAAAGCUGGGUGCCUGCCAGUGUGGAGAAGGCCCCCAGCCCAGAGCAGGGCCCUCCAGGGGCAGAGACGGGGGACCCAGGCUCCAGGGAAGGGUCCCUCCUGAGCCGCCACCACUGGCUGCUGGUGAAACUUGCCCUAAAAACAGGAAAUGUGCCCAAGAUCAACGCAGCCCUGGGAGAGGACAGUCCUGGCUGCCCUUGUCCCCCCACAUGGGGGUCCAGUCAACACUGCAGUCUGCAGGGGCAGACCCUAUGUACCCAGAAAGCCCACCUGUCAUCCCCCCAUGAUGCUUCAACCCUAGAGAAAGGCUCCAAGUUUGAAGGGACCCCAAAAGCAGAGGUGGACGCCUUGGAAACCUCGAGUUACAUCUCUUUUGCCAGUGAUCAUCAGGACAGUGUGCCCACCCAGAAGCCAUCAGCCACACGCGGGGAGGACAACCCAAAGGAGAGAGCCAGGGCUGCCCCCAGGGAGCAGGGGAGGACUGCAGGGGGGCAGCUGAGAGGAAGCGAGGGACAGGAGAGCACAACACUGUACUUCAGUGCCACCACGGAAGUGGCCAUGUCCUCACCCCAAGAGGGCAGCCCCAUGACCCUGCUGAUGGCCCGCUCCAGGAGGAUGCCGGGAGAGAGCAGCCCUGCCCAGCCUCCCUUGCCCCAGCCCGGUGCCAAGUCCUUCCCCCUCACUGUGGCCAACAUCAGCCCCAUCCUAGGCGCAGGCCCGUGCAGACACUUCCGCCCCAGCCCAGGCCUCCCUGGACCAGCCCCGGGUGGCUCCGAGGGUGGGGAGUGGCAGGAGCCGGCAGAGGCCCUGAGCCAUCCUGCUGUAGUUGGCACCCCGAGGCUGUGGCCACAGAUGAGCCUGAGAUCCGCUGAAGAGCCCCGCCUCACAUCCACCCCCAAGUCCGAGCCCAUCCAGAGGGACUGCAGCUGCCCGGACAGGAUGAAGCACGAGGCAAGCUUUUACAUCUGACCACAGUCACAGUGAGACAACAGGUCACAAAUGGGGCCAGCCACUGGGUGCCAUGAUGAGAGAAACCACCUCCAACGUCUUCGUCCUUGGACGGGCUUUUCCUCCUCUGGCUCGCCAUCUGCCCACCUGAAAAAUGAGGGAGCAGGACUGGAUGCCCCCUGUACCUCCCGCAAGAACGUCUCCCGUGGCACCUGCACAGGGGACAUCCUAGCACAGUGUACCCAGGUGAAGAGGCUCCCAGACUGCUCACCUCCUCCAGUGAGCUGAAUGGUCCCCAUUUCCCAUCUUGGUGGCACUAGGAAACAAAGGUAAAACUCAGUUCUGUUUUACCCUGGGUUCUUUUGUAACUAACUUUUCCUGACACUGAGUGCUUAUUAAUUUUUUUAUUAAAUGUAUUCCAACUGCAUUAUUUCUUGGAGUCACACAGCUAGACAAUGCAAACUCUGGAAGCAGACAAGAACUACAGUGCCUGGAGUCAACAGAACUGAACCCGCAAACGCCGUUCUGAGAUUUCCUCCGCUCUUUGGCAGAGUCUGGAUGGUAUUUUUCAGUGAAAUCCCAGCUCUCCUUCCCGCAGGCCAGCCGGCCAGCAGUUCUUUGUCUGCUUUUGAUAACUGCCAUCCUGACUGGCGUGAGAUGAAACCUGAGAGUAGGGUUUUCCUUGAUCUCCAAACACUGCUUCCUCCUCCAUUCCACGUGAGACUCAAGUGCAUCCAGCGAGGGCCGCCAGCCCUCACUCCUCUCUACAGGCUGUCCCUGUGGGUAGGAAUUUCCAUCGUUUCUCUGCGCCUUCCUUCACCGCUGGCUAAGGAAAUCCAAUCAUAAACCCUCUAGAGAAAGGACAUGGGGAGGGCUGUGUGCUGUUAGGGUGGGGAGUUUCUCCUCUCCAAGUGUCUCUGGGUCCAGGGACAGCAUCGGAGCCCCAAAGAGGACAAGAAGCCAGCCUCGCUCAGGCCAAGACCACACAAACAUCAGCAGUGAGCUCACAGGCAUCCUCGUCACCAGCCAUGGAAGCCAAUCAGACACUUCAAUGCCACAGUAAACAUUAACUAUGGGGAGUUUUAAAAGAAUGAGUAAGUCAUAGUGACAGUCACUGUGCCUCACAUCAUCCAUUUUUUUUCCUCCUCUGCCUAGGUUCUCACCAGCUGAGUGAGAAGAACAUGGGCCCCUCAAUUCCUCCCAUUCAUCCUCUGAUUCUCAAUUCCAGCACGCCUUUAAUUUUUUUGAGUUCUAAUUAGUUAUACAUGAUAGUAGAAAGCUCUUCAAUUCUUUGUACACAAAUGGAGAAUUUUUCACUUCUCUGGUCAUACAUGGAGUAACAUCAUUCGUGUAGUCAUGCAUGUACCUAGAGAAUGAUGUUCGUCUCAUUCCACCAUCUUUCCUACCCCUUGCCCCCUCCCCAACCAGGAAGGCGGUCACCGUAAUAGGAGUUGGCUUGUUCAACUUUUCUUCUCUAAUGUAGCUCCCAAGUCAGAGACGGCGAUGCGGUAAUUAUAGCCUUGCCAUAACAAGUGUAUCAGUGUGGACUUUUCCAUGGUAUUUUUCCAUGGGAGGUUUCCUCCUGUGAGAUGUUAACUUAAGAUCUGGAUUAUAGCUUUCACUUCAGAGCAGGCGAUGCUGCAGCCUGAAGUCGGUGAUGACGCUGGCUCUGGUAGCGUGGAUCACAAGGGGGACACUGGUCACAUUGAUUCUGGAGACACUGAUGGUGAGGACUGGUGGUUGCUCAGUGCAGGAGCUGACCCCAGCAAACUGCAUCAUCUCCCACGUUUUUAACCAGCUCCCCAGAGGUGAUGUCAAACCCGCACACUCUGGAUGGGGUGUCGCUCUUCUCUGCCUCACAGCUCCUGUGGGGAGGCACUCCUCCUGCCUGCCACAUGGUCAUCGCUCCUCCCGACAGUGGGCCCCUCACUACCGCCUGCUCCUUUUCCUUACCAGGUGAGCUGCUGGGGGGAAAGGUCCACCUGGUGCUGAGGCCUCUGCUGGACUCAUCCUCCACCCCCACCUCUGGUCCCCGCUGGCUUCUCCUUCCCUUACAGCCGCCAUGCUGACUGUCCACUGCCCCCCAGUGCCCCUCAACACGGCUCUGCUGCACCUUUGCCCAGACUCCGUGCUGUGGCCACCCAUCUGCUUAGACCUGGAGGAGGGCAGAGUCGCUCCUGGGCACCGGAACCUGGCUCGCUGCUCUAAUGGGCUGCUGCCUCAGGAGGGGGUCGUCACCCAGGUCUCUGACAUGGGGUUUGCUCCCAGGGCACUUAUCUGCGGCUACAACCACCUGGGGAGCUGGACGGGCUCUCGUGACCUCGGCUUCUAAGAAGGGUCAUGGCCGGCUCUUACUCUCAGGUGUUGCACUUACCUGUGGACCAGGGCAGCCUGUCCACCUCAGAUCAGCUCCCACCCUGGGACAGGACUAGCAAACGUUCAGGCUCAGGUGCAGACAGAGAAGGCCUGCUGCUGGCUCUUUGGGGGGCCUGUGGCUUGGGCUGUGAUCUGGGACGGGAGAGGGAGCCUGAGGAGACAGAAGAGGCCUCGCCGACAUUCUGAGGGACAGCACAGUGCCAUCUCCAGUGGCCGGUCUGAGGCCCACUUUCCCUGUGCCACAAUGCCUUUUACCACGGGUAGCAGAGCUGCAAGCCCUGACUAAAGUCUCCCCAUUUUGCUAAUUUUUCCUGGAAUGUCACAGGCUCUGUGCUGGCUUUGAAGACCCAGAGCUCCAAGUGGGGAUGGGUGUCCAGCCUGGGAGAGGUCAGUGGAGGGCAGAGGACAGGAGGCAGCCAGGGAGAGGUGAGGUGGAGGAGGCCAGCAGGACAAAGUUCCUCCACUUAUCUCAUGCACACCCCCCCCCAUUAUGGAUUAGCAUCCACUUAUUGGAGAAAACAUUCAGCCUUUAGUUUUUUUGGGAUUGGCUUAUUUCACUUAGCAUGAUGUUCUCCAGCUCCAUCCAUUUACCUGCAAAUUCCAUGAUUUUAUUCUUUUAAUGCUGAGUAAUAUUCCCUGCAGGUCCUGGGGGCUGGGUUUCCCUGCCUGAGUAGGAAUGGCGGAGAGGAAAACGCAUGAAAGCUAUGGCCUGCAGCUUGUGGACGGCCAGGUGUCCCCUCUGGGAGAAGAAGUUAGGUUGUUACGGUUUGGAUGGGAGGUGUCCCCCGAGAGGUCAAGAGUGAGACAAUCAAGAAGGUUUCCAGGUGGAAUGAUUGGGUAAUGAGAGCCUUAACCCAAUCAGUGAGUUAGUCCCUGGUGGGAUUAACUGGGU